AGGAAUUUAGAAAUUCUUACCUUGACGGUGGACAAUUUAUCGUCUUUUAAUUAAACAUUUGAAAGUUCGAACUUCAAACGACAGUACAUAGAACUCCAUGCUACAAGCUGGAACAAGACGACAUCAACCCACUCUUGUUCCAUGGACGGAUUCACUGCGAAGAUUGCUAGGAAAGCAUACCAAAGAGACACUCCUCUCUGUCGUUGAAGAAUGGUUCAGGAACACAGACACAUUGCCACACGGCAAAGCAGACGACGACGACGAUGACGACGAUCAGUCUUUAGAAGUAGGAACUCUGGCAGACUACGAACUCUUACGGCAAUCACAAGUGCACAACGUCGCUAAUCGUAUAAUAACAUUGGACUGGCCCAAAGGGCUGACGCACGAUCAGGUUGCAAUGCUUGACCUAGUUUGGCUUCAAAACAGAUAUCUUACCGGACGGACGUGGCGGGUCUGGCGAUUGAAAUCAGACGAAACCCGACCAGAUCUUCAUUUACACAUGGAACCUGCAGAGCUUCAAAAGCGUAUGCGGCGGCAUUUCACGGCCUAUUUCUCCAGAUGCCAUAUAUACGUAUCUGCUUGCACAUUACAUCCCACCACCCGCGAAGAGACUCCAACCAUAUGGAUCAGAAUAUCGUUCUAUGAUACGUCGCCUAAUAUACCUUUGAAUUCCAGUAAUAUAUAUCUUGUACAUUUCCCUGGUUCUGACACAAUACUUUGCGGAUCCAACAUUCGACCCGAUGUCAAACAAUUCGUUCUUCAGGUUUUGGUAGAGGCUUUCAAUGCUGCAACUCUAUGGGAGCAGGAUCUCAAAAGCAAGCACAUAAGUUCUCUAUACCAACUGACAUUGUACCGAGAUUCUCAAGGUCCAUGGAGUCAAUAUCGACUGAACGAAGUGGAUGCAAAUCCUUUAGCCCCUCCCAGCAAAUGGCCAUCUCAAGAGCCAAGCAAAUAUGUCACCGGUCGUGAAGCAAGUCGACGAAUUCAGCCCAUAGAUGCUUCGAUAGUAAAUGAGCGCGCUAGAAAGGUCACAGCAAAAUUUGGUAAUAACCCACUUAUUGGACCUGAACGAUUUCAAGUCAAGAUCCGGAUGCCGUUGGCGUCUUCAUCUCAAAAUCAGUUAUGGGAUUGUAAGCUACGGUUUGAUGGAAAGAAUGUGUCAGAAGGUCUGAAGCAGUUAUUGGCUCGAGGUGUCAUCGAUGCGGCCACUAUGCCAGAGUGGUUGGCAGAUAUUUCGUCAGCGUCUACCAACACCAUCACCAUCACGCCUGAAGGUCUUGAAGAAGAUGAAUAAACCCUUGUACAAUAAAUUUACCAUUUAUUUAAUCAAAU